AUGGCUCCAAAACGGAGGCGACGACCCUCACCAUCUUCAAAAGGUUUGGCUGCGGGCGAACGUCUCAAGCGAAGCAAGCUUGUUGGGAACGAGUCUUCUGCAUGGGGCUGGGUGGGCACAGAAGUUUCAGACCCUUCCCACAUCACCAUGGAGCACCGUUUGAUGACAUGCGGUCUUUCGAGAAGAAACAAGAAUCCAUGCUGUCCUAAUAAAUUCGCACCUGAUCAGAGAGACCGUUCCAAAGGUCCCAAGCACCCCAAACACGAGGAACAAGUUCAUGGAGAGCCAGAAGAUGUGAUCGUCGUUUCUGAUGAAGAAGUUGCGGAAUGCAGUAGCAGAGCUUGCAAAAGCAACCCGAAUUGUUUGAAUUACCUCGGUCAAGAAAAAUGGGAAGAUGAAGAAAAGGCCAGACGAUCUUUCUUGCUGCUCUCCGACCUCGGAGAAAACCCAGCUUAUGAUGCCCGAGAUUCGAAUCUUCCUAACUUAGGAGCCACAUGUUAUGCAAACGCUUUCUUGCAAGUAUGGUUUCGGGACCUUGCCUUUCGCAGCGGGGUCUAUCAAUGUCAACCUUCACAAGACACUGAACAUGAAUAUGAGGAUUCACCGAUCUUUCAAUUGCAAGUAACUUUUACCGCUUUACAGGAGAGUAAGCAGAGAGUUUUCAACCCUAGCAAGUUGGUUGAAAGUCUGAGGCUGUCUACCUCCGAGCAGCAAGAUGCUCAAGAGUUUUCAAAGCUGUUUAUGUCACAUCUUGACUUUGAAUUCCAAAAACAGCUUACGCCGUCGCUAAGGUCGCUCGUUUCAGAUCAGAACAACUCGAAGCUCGAAGGAUGCAUAGCGGGCCUUCUCCAACCAGAGAAGUUAACCGGUGAUAACAAGUUCGAAUUUUUAUCGCGAUACCUUUGUUCAAAUUGCACAAGUCUUCAAGAUGCAGCUCGAUAUACCGAGUUACGACGGCUACCCCCUGUUUUACACUUUUCCCUGUUGCGUUUUGUGUACGACAUUUCCUACAUGGAGCGUAAAAAGUCGAAGCACAGCCCUGCUGCAAAGAGGAAGGCUUCAGAAAGUACUAGCGAUGACAGCCAAGAUAUCUACGAUUUACGAGGGGUGUUACUUCAUAAAGGUGCCAGUGCUUAUCAUGGGCAUUACGAAGCACAAGUUUUCGACGUCACGACACAAACGUGGUACCAAUUCGAUGACGAAACUGUGACUAAGCUUGAGUCACUAGGGGACCGUGGGCUGAUUGUCAAUGGACAAGGCAGAAUGUCGAGACUCUAUCUUCGUGAUUGUGUAUAUUCUAACAAGAGUUUCAGUGAGGACCUUAGCAAAGCGCGUAUGUCAAAGACUAAUGCGAAGAAAAGAAAAGUAGUCGAUGGCACUGACGACGAGUUCAAUGAGGUCCCAACUGCGGUCAAUGGCGCCAGGCCUAAAGACGUAAAGAACUGUGACAUUUUCUCUUCAAAGGAUGCGUACAUGUUGAUAUAUGCUCGAAGAGGUGUAGUUGCAUCUGGUCAUGUCUCCGAUAUGGAUGCACCAUCGUCGACCACAGAAUCAGAUCAGGAUAGCUUUAAUUUGACACCUCCAUCCCGAGCUCUGGAUGUCGUCAACACUCUAAAUGCCGAGCAUGAUGAAGCAUGCAAAGUCUUCGCUACAAAAGAGGAUAACCUAAAACUCGAUUUUGCCAAGAAUUCCAUCGUUGUUUGUCGUCAAGUUCUGGAAACUUGGCUAACAAAGCCUAUAACCAAACAGAAGGAGGCAUCACCACAGUCACUACUCGACAAUGAUGGCGUCAUCUUAGUCGAUACGCCUAUAGAUAUACUUUGUAAACAUGAUGCUCUUGAUCCUCAAAAAUCCCACCGAAUGAAACGCAUGAACGUUGCGGCAUUUCAACAAAUAGAAGCUACUGCCGAGCCAACUCGUCUAUCUGCCCGACAUCCUAAAGAUAUUUGCGAAAUAUGUGUUCGGGAAAUUUUCAUAGAGAAACUGUAUCAAAUUGAACACCCUCAAGCCGUUGCACAAUUCGACGAAGUGUGUGAUAAUGAACUUGAUCAGAUUUCUUAUUGGAUAUCGAAGAACUGGCUGAAAGAUUGGCGGUUGUCGAAGCCCAAGAUGCAUACUUCCCUUCGGGGUGAUGUGGCACCCAAUGCACCCGAGUUCAUUGCUCACGUAACAUGCGAGCAUGGAGGUUUGUCAUUGAAUGUAACCGCCCGUCGCCGUAUUUCGGCUCAGGCAAGUGCUAUCAUAACAAGUAAUAAGAAUGCUUGCGAGAUACUACAGAACUUGUUUCCUCAAUGGCAACCUGUGGCGACUACUGAACAACUAUGUUCUGUUUGUGAAUCUUCAAUACAAAUGUCAAAAGAAGAUAAACGAGAAAUUCGCAAACGGGUAGAGAAUGAAAAGGCUAGACUAAGACACAUGCACGACAAUGCUCUUACAGGCAACACUCUUCUUUUAGAGAAUGUUCCUUGUGCAAUUGUCCCCGCACAAUUCAUUCGACUAUGGAGGCAGUGGCUAAACAAGCCCACUGAUGUUGUACGACCUAAGACUGUUGACAAUUCUCAGUUUCUGUGUGUCCAUAGCAAACUUGUCUUUGAUCCGAACUGCCCAAGUGAUCUAGACAACUGCAUCGCUGUAGUCCAACGUAGCGAAUGGAAUAUCUUGGAGGAACUAUACACUUGCGGGCCUACUAUCAUACUGGAAAAGCGAAUCGUGGAAGGUCCACAUAACAAUGCCGAAGUUAGAUUUUUCCAUGAUGUCCCAGUCUGUGAUGAAUGUCGUUUGAAAAGACAAUUGGACUACGAAGCGACAGAGCUCACUGUUCGAGUAUUGGGUCCUGGAGACUCUGCCUCGAAAAUAGGCAAGCAGGUAGAUCAGCUCGAUUCUGAAGAACAAAUGGCCUCAAAGGGCCCUCGCAAGCUCAGCGGGGUAAGGCAAUCCAAACGUAUCCGACAAACUAAAGACCGCGGCGAGACGAGGAGACUUACAAUAUACAAGUCGACCACCGUGAAAGAGAUCAAAAUUAUGUUAUAUGAACAGCUGAAGAUCCCCACAAUUUAUCAGCGGCUUUUUUAUCGAGGUCAAGAACUGCAGGAUAACCUAGCUACAGUCCAAUCACUUGGCAUUCUCAUCAAUGAUAUAUUAGAUCUGCAAGAGGAACUUGAAGACGAUAAUAACCUAAACGUCUCCAACGGCGAGGCCAAAAGAGGUUUCGCGGAAGAGAAAGGGUUUGGCGGUACGCUACUGUCUGGUCUGCCUACAGACAGGUCUAGCAGUUCGGAGCGAGAACAAACGCCUUUAGUUACUGAUGUCAAGUCAUGCCCUUCUUGCACAUUUUGCAAUGAUCCAGACGCUGUCGUUUGCGAAAUAUGUGCGGAAGCUUUUACUUAGAAUAUCUUAAUUAUUUUUUAUGAAUGAGAGUUUUAUUGGU